AUUUAAUUCAUCGUUAUAUUGUGUGCAGAAACUCCCAGAAGGUCUAGUGCCAACGAAAAGCUUGAAUCGAUUCGGAGCCAAAAGGCUUUUCUGCAUUUCUGUACAUCGAACAUUUCUACUACUCCUUUAUUGGGAAAAAAUUCGGAUUGGCUAUCCAGAAACUAAGUUCUCAGAUUGGUGCCUGUGUCGAUUGGAAUUGUGGGCUGUGUAGAUUUUCCCCUUUUUAGGGGGGGUUUUCAGUUUUCUUGAUCGGGGUCUUUUAAUUGCUGAAUUCUUAGUUAUUCUUGUAGAAAUUGUAGUACUGACUUUAUAUGAUCCUGUUCGAAGCACUCUAGAGAAAGAACAGAUAAAGUAGAAGUGGUUGCUAUACAUGGGGAGGCCUUUAUUCUAUGAGAUAUUGGAAAAACCAGCCACAACUUGUAUUAUAGGCGUAUGUAGUGCAAUAUGGUUUUACAUACAGAAGAAAAACAUUGGGUAUUCACAUGUGGGUUUUAGUUAUGAAAACGCCAUUGAAGGACACCAUUGGCGGAUAAUAACUUCAACUUUUUCCCAUGUAAGUGUUCUUCAUCUUGUUUUCAAUAUGAGUGCACUUUGGAGUCUGGGGAUAGUGGAACAGUUGGGGAAUAUAGGCCUUGGUGUGGUUUAUUACCUACAUUACACGUUGGUCUUGGUCGUCUUAUCGGGUGUGUUAGUUUUUUGGAUGUACCAUACGUUGAUUCAUAGAUUCAAGCUUGAGCAUUUCCGGAGAGUGACAGCUGUUGGAUAUUCUUGUGUUGUUUUUGGGUGGAUGACAAUUCUUUCUAUGAAGCAACCCUCUUCAAAGUUGGAUCUUUUUGGAUUUCUUUCGCUUCCCAUUAGUUUCGCUCCAUUUGAGUCGCUCAUUUUUACUUCACUUAUAGUUCCACAAGCAAGUUUUCUUGGUCAUUUAUCAGGAAUCAUUGUUGGGUAUGCCAUUGGAUGGGGUUUGAUUAAUGGGAUGAACAAUUACUGGGCGGUAACCAUGUUGGGAUGGAUUGUGCUUGUGUUUGUGUUCAGUUUGAAGCGAUCUGGUGCAUAUGAUUUCAGCUUUUUCGAGAUUGAAUCUAUCACGGAUCCUUACUUGCCUUCUGUGCGGUUUCCAGCAUCAGGUAAUGGUAGAACCUUGCAGAUGAGUGCAUUGCCAGUUGGAGAUGUUGAACUCGUGUAAUUUCUAUUCAGGAUGCCAUGUCUAUGGAUGUGGGCUUGGCUGACUCAGGAGUUGUGUUAUUGUAUGAUUUUGAUGUGCCAAACUGGACAAUUGCAUGUGAAACGGCUAUAAUGCUCAUUGGUCAUCAAAUUAUAUAUUGUUUUCUCGUGGUAAUGCAAGUUUUCAGGUGCAACUCUUGAACUCGUUUAGGUGGCAGUGAAUGUUGGUGCUACUCAUUGCGUUAUGGAAGUUUUCUGGUCAUUGUUGCUGACUAAUAGAAUAUGUUAUGGUUAAUUUUCGGUGUAGCUUUUGUUAGUUGAAUAGCUUCCACAUACCAUUGUUUUCUCUUGGUAAUGAAAGUGAAUUUGUUUAGGACAA